AUGCCUUUAAACAUAAGAGCCAAGCCCUCGCACGGUAAGCUGCCUGCCGGUGCAAAGAAUAGUGGAUACACUGAUGGCAGCGCAUCUAAUUCACGUUUCUUAAAGUCCCCGAAACCGGGCAAAGGCAAACAGCCUGUAAGCUCAGCACCAGGGUCCCGUUCGGGGCUUGAGCCGGGCUCUGUGUCGGGGGGUGGGCCUGCACCAACGUCUAAACCCACAAAGACCCACGGGUCAGUGUUAAAAAACAAAGGUGGUGCCACAGCAGAUAAAGGCCCGACCCGUGGCUCUGCAACAGCUCCAGGCGGUAAAACCCUCUCUAUGGAGAACAUCCAGUCUUUGAGCGCUGCCUAUGCAACUUCCGGCACUAUGUAUCCCAAUGAGCGAGAGACACUGGAACCCUCUGGCGGGUACCCCAAAGGCACCAUGACGUUAGGCCGCAGCACCAGCCGCUCGUCCUACACCUGCCGGACAACAGCUAUGGGAAGCAGCCCAAACAUCACGUCCUCCGGGAUGCAUCACAUGUCCGACCCUUGUGGAGACCCUUCCAUGCUGUGUGUGGGGACUUCCAGUCUACGAAGGCAAUCUGGAAGAUAUGGACAGACGGCAGAUCUGGCCGCGCAGGGAGACGGUUCCACCUACGACCUCCAGUCGCAGCUGAGGGAGCUGCAGAGGGAGAACGACACCCUGCGAAGAGAACUGGACGGAGGGAGGGACGGAAAGACGAGCCACAGCAUGAACAGUGUCAACUUCUGGAGUCCAGAUGUAAGGAGAGACAGGGGGGUCAGGUGUGAGGAGGGAGGGAGGACGUCAGUUGUGAAGGACCAGUACAAAGUCAACCAAGACGAUUUACAGCUUCCGUUGACUGUUCAGGAGCUCCAGGAGGAGCUGAGGGCUCACAGAGAGAUGAACAGUCGCUUGCGGCAGCAGCGGCAGCAGGGAAACUCCUAUCGAGAACACCAUAUGGACCCGGACAUCAGAGGGGGGUUCAGCCCUGGCCACAGCCCCAGACAAAGCCCCAGCAAUCUGCACAGUCCAGCGCCAAAGAACAGCCCCAGAGCCAGCCCGUCCAACACCUACAACCCCAGGCAGCAGGAAGCUGACAUCAUCAUUCACAGUCCCGGGUAUGGCUGUGCCACCGCAGCAGCCUCCCAGAGACUCAGCCCGGCCAACACCCUCCAACCUGGGCUCAGGAGCAGCCCGAACCAGCCACUCUACAGUCUCGGCCAAGGUGCAGGAGUCACGCCCAGCCCGAGCGCACUGCGGCCCCGCAGCCCCUGUCAGGUUCCCGGGUGUGACGGCUUUUCCUCACCUCCUCCACCAGAUCUGCCGGACGAGAACUUCUUCCAGCUGCAGUCGGAGCACGAACGGCAGGCCAAGGAGCUGUCCCUGCUGAGGAAAACCAUGGAGGAGAUGGAGAUGAGAAUUGACUCUCAGAAGCAGACACUGGGCGCUCGGGACGAGAGCAUCCAGAGACUGCUGGAGAUGCUUCAGGGCCAGGGUCAGGGACGGGGUCAGCGGACAGGCAUAAUAACCAUGGCCGCCCAGGAGGCGGAAGCCCAGCUGGAGAGCAUGCGUCUGAGAGAGAAAUUGGUAAAGAUGAUGAGCCGGCAGGCAUACUUUUACCGAGUUCCUCCGCAGGAGCUUCAUCGGCGUAAUCAGCUCCAGGCCGAACCAGCUAAGACCAGGGCACUGCAGAACGUCAUUGAUAUGAAGGACACCAAGAUCUCUUCCCUGGAAAGAAACAUCAGAGACUUAGAGGAUGAGGUCCAGAUGCUAAAGACCAGCGGCCUGCUGCACCCUGAUGACAGACAGGAUGAACUCAAGCAGGUGGAAGUCUACAAGAGUCACUCUAAAUUCAUGAAAACUAAGAUAGAGCAGCAGAAGCAGGAGCUGAACAGGAAGGAGUCAGAGAUGCAGGCCCUGCAAACAAAGUUAGAAACGCUGACCAAUCAAAACUCAGACUCCAAGCAACACAUCGAGGUGCUAAAAGAGUCCCUCAGUGCCAAGGAGCAACGCGCCAAUACCCUGCAGACCGAG